AUGACAUUUGCUUCACGUGUUGCCUCCACGGUCUGUUUUGUUUUACAUCUAGUUAUUUGUAUAGUUUUUACUUAAUAUAAAGUCAUGAAGGAAAAGGCUUCUAUUGAAAAAGUGUAUACGCGGAGCCGUGCCACAUCUUUACCAACAUUGCUGAAAUUUCAAAAUGGUCAGUUGGCCGCCGUUAGCAAGGAUGCUACACAGUUCAGUCGCUUGGUGCAAAAGAGCGGAAAAGAAUCACCGACGAACGUUGCAAUGGUCACUGCCAAGGAUCAAAUCUACCAUGGGGUCGUAGAUGCCAGUGAAGCAACUGCGCUCACAGAUACUUACAUCUGCGUGCGCAAUAAAAUUACAAAUAAGGUGCGCAUUAUUCCUAUCGAACAAGCUACACUAAGCAACCACAUCUACAACACUCUUGAACAGAAGCCUAUGCUCGCCUUGACAGCUCAACACACUAAAACGAUGCUAAUGAAACAAUUUGGAGGACGGAAAGCAGCGCGCUAUGCUCAUAAUCAAGAAAAUAAUAAAGUAAAUGUCGAUGUGCUAAAGAACGAUUUGGAUAAUACUGUGCGCGAGACUGAGUUCACUAAUGAUACGGAUGAAAAACUAAAUACGGAACAUAACUUCGAUAUUUUGCGUCCAAAAUUCAAUAAAGAUGCAAAGAAAUUAGAAGAAAUUUAUGACAUACGCGACAUUGUGCCUGGCGAGCUUCUCGAUCGAUUGAAUGAAGAAUCGAAAGUAAUAUAUUCAACCCCCUUGGACAAAUUGCCAAUUCAGUCGGAUUACUUGUGUAGUUGCGUAAAACGUAUUCAAGACAGUUCCCCAACACCUGAGGGUUUCUUACAUUUAAAAUUGAUCAUUUACAUGGAUUGUUUGUUGAAUUUGCUUAAAACGCGUGCACGUUCAAUUAAAUCCGUUGAACUCUCCGGUAUCACAGAGAAGGCAGAAAAUGAUGUGCGGUCACGCUUUUCUGAUCCUCAUUCCAAGCCUUUUUCGCGUACGUCACACACUUCGGAGAAGGCUUUAUGCUAUUUCAUAGUUCUAUCAGUGAUUAUUGGCGUCAACUAUAGUGUCGAUAUGAAUGUGCUGGCGCAAGAGCUAGGAAUUUCAAAGCAAAGAUUGAUUAAGUUUGCCCACAUUGUGAAUGUGCAUCGAUCACCAAAGAGCGAUCUGUUUACAUUGCGUUUACCCAGCAAAAUGUCGGCCCUCCCGACUAGCUUUAGUAAAAAGUCAAGAAAGUAAUUUUUCGAUGUUUAGCUGUAGAACGACCAAGAAUUGCUUUUGACUUUUUAUUAUUCUUAUAUGUAUGUGUAAAACAAAUCACUCCGAAAAUAUUUUGUUCAAUUAAAGUUAUGGUUGUAUUUUAAACUGAAUAUAUGAAAGUUAAAAAUACAUAUGGUAUACAUACCGAAUAAACACAAAGCGAACGUUCGAAAAUAACUUAA